GCUUUUUUGAUUUAUUUAAGGAACAACGUGUGACUUCCGUAAAAAAGAAAGGGAAUUUAAACACAGUUUCCUUUCAGGUCGAACACGGAAUCCAAACAACCCUUCUAUAAACAACCCAAAUCUCUCAAAGAAUUUGUAUCAUCAUCUCCUUGGGUAUCCUUCAUCUUGUCCCCAUCAAAACCACAAAGGAACAGAAACUCACUUUCCAAUGGACAUUGUCGUGGUCAACCUCAAAUCUGCAGACCUGAGUCUGUCUGUCGGCAAAAAGAGAUGGCAUGUGGCAUUUGUGAAGAUCAAGUGUUCCAACAUUCUCUUCUAUUACUUCAAACAGAACCCAUUGAGGAAUUCAAAACCACUCUCCCACACACACCCUCCUCCUGUUACUUCGGGUCUUGAUCAGCCGCGUCUCGCCGCUCUGGCGAGGGAGAAGAGCCUUGAGAAUCUUGCUCGUGUUGGUGGCGUUUGCGGUGUCGCCUCUUACCUUAGAAGUGACUUGCACAACGGAAUCAAUGGGGACCCGCCGGAUGUUUCGCGUAGAAGUGAAGCCUAUGGUGCCAACACUUACCCCAAACCACCCGCAAAGAGUUUUCUUCGUUUUGCUUGGGACACGUUCAAAGACCCCACCAUCAUCAUAUUGCUGGCCUGCGCGGUGUUGUCCCUUGGGUUUGGGAUUAAAGAAGAUGGAUUGAAAGAGGGAUGGUAUGACGGGGGGAGCAUUUUCCUGGCUGUCUUUCUCGUAAUAUCCGUUACAGCCACGAGCGAUUUCAGGCAGAGCAAGCAGUUUGGGAAGCUGUCGAGAAUCAGCAACAACAUUCAGGUGGAGGUUGUCAGGGGAGGGAGACGCCGGCAUGUUUCUAUUUUUGAAAUUGUUGUCGGAGACCUUGUCUGCCUGAAGAUUGGAGACCAAGUCCCCGCUGACGGGCUGCUUGUCGAAGGGCAUUCCUUACAAGUGGACGAGUCUAGCAUGACCGGAGAGAGUGAUCACGUGGAGAUCAACAAGAAACAGAACCCGUUUCUGGUUUCGGGCACAAAGAUCGCGGACGGGUAUGGCCAGAUGCUGGUUACUUCGGUCGGACUGAACACGGGUUGGGGCGAGAUGAUGAGCAAAAUCAGCAGCAGUGGCUCUAGUGAGCAAACUCCCCUCCAAGUAAGGCUCAACAAACUUGCUUCUGCCAUAGGUAAGGUUGGCUUGGCAGUCGCUUCCCUAGUGCUGGUGGUUUUGCUGGUGAGGUAUUUUACCGGACACACCAAGGACGAUAAUGGGCAUAAAGAGUUUAUUGGGAGGAAGACGAAACGGGAUGAUGUCAUCAACUCUGUGGUGGGAAUCGUCGCUGCUGCUGUCACAAUAGUGGUGGUUGCCAUCCCGGAAGGGUUGCCAUUGGCAGUGACACUAACUCUUGCUUAUUCAAUGAAGAGAAUGAUGAGUGAUCAAGCCAUGGUGAGGAAGCUCUCUGCUUGUGAGACAAUGGGGUCUGCAACAAUCAUCUGCACGGACAAGACCGGCACGCUCACUGAGAACCGGAUGACCGUGACCAAGUUUUGGUUAGGGAAAGAGUCCAUGGAUGGAAAGAACAGUGAAAGUUCAAUUGCAGAUGGAGUUCUUGAUCUGUUGCAUCAAGGGGUUAGCCUCAACACAACAGGUAGUAUUUUCAAGGCUUCUAAUUCAUCCAGUUUUGAGUUCUCGGGUAGUCCUACAGAGAAAGCAAUUCUCUCGUGGGCUGUUUUGGAACUCAAGAUGGAUAUGGAGGAAAUUAAGAGAAGAUAUACCAUUCUUGAUGUCGAAACGUUCAAUUCUGAGAAAAAGAGGAGUGGGGUUUUGGCGAGGAAGAUGGGCGACGGGACAAAUCAUGCUCACUGGAAAGGAGCCGCGGAGAUGAUCCUGGGAAUGUGUACAGAUUUCUGCGACAGCGAAGGGAACAAGAAAGUUAUAAAUGAUCAAGAGAGAGAUGGGUUCAACCAAAUUAUCCAAGGCAUGGCAGCUAGUAGCCUGAGAUGCAUUGGACUAGCCCAUAAACAGGUUUUAGAAAGUUACCCCAAAGACGGAGAAAUGCUUGAGAAGAAGAAGAUACCCGAGAAUGGAUUGACCCUUUUGGGGCUGGUUGGCCUCAAAGACCCGUGCAGAGCUGGAGCGAAGAAAGCCGUGGAAGAUUGCCAAUUAGCUGGCGUAAAGGUCAAGAUGAUCACUGGAGACAACAUCUUUACUGCAAAGGCUAUAGCAACAGAGUGUGGAAUUUUGCAGUACUAUCAAGCAGCAGAUGAAGAAGAGGACGAAGACGAGGUAGUGAUAGAAGGCAUUCAAUUUCGCAACCUAACGGACGAACAAAGAAUGGAGAGAGUUGAAAAGAUCCGCGUGAUGGCAAGAUCGUCUCCCUUUGACAAGCUUCUAAUGGUGCAAUGCCUGAAAAAGAAAGGCCACAUUGUUGCAGUCACAGGUGAUGGCACCAAUGAUGCCCCAGCUUUAAAGGAGGCAGAUAUAGGUCUCUCAAUGGGAAUCCAAGGCACAGAGGUGGCUAAAGAGAGUUCAGAUAUCGUGAUCCUGGACGAUAACUUUGCUUCUGUUGCCACGGUUCUUAAAUGGGGAAGAUGUGUUUACAACAACAUCCAAAAGUUCAUCCAGUUUCAGCUCACGGUCAACGUGGCAGCCCUUGUGAUCAACUUUGUAGCCGCGGUUUCAGCUGGAGAGGUUCCCCUAACAGCCGUUCAGCUGCUAUGGGUCAAUCUGAUUAUGGACACCCUAGGUGCAUUAGCACUUGCAACAGAAAAACCAACAAGGGAACUCAUGAAGAAGGCGCCUGUGGGAAGAACAGAACCACUUGUUACCAACAUCAUGUGGAGGAACCUUCUAGCUCAAGCCAUAUACCAGAUCUCCAUCCUCCUGGUCUUACAAUUCAGAGGCGAGUCGAUCCUGAGGGUGGGCGAAAAGGUCAAUGACACAAUGAUCUUCAACACUUUCGUUCUCUGCCAAGUGUUCAACGAGUUCAAUGCACGCGAGCUGGAGAAGAGGAAUGUCUUCAGAGGGGUACACAAGAACAGACUGUUUGUGGGGAUUAUAGCCAUAACGGUCGUCCUUCAGGUGGUGAUGGUUGAGUUUCUGAAGAAGUUUGCUGAUACAGAAAGGUUGAAUUGGGGGCAGUGGGGAAUCUGCAUAGGACUUGCAGCUGCUUCUUGGCCUAUCGGCUUGCUCGUCAAGUGCAUCCCUGUUCCAGAGAGACCCAUAUUUAGUUAUCUCAAACCGAAGAGCUCGAAACCCGGGCAAUUAGAUUAACAUUCUUUUGGUUCUUGAUUCAGGUUAUCUCUUGCUAACAGAAGUCAUCUUCCCAUAUAUGUGACAGCUGUUGGAAUUGCAUUGUGAUUGUAAAGAUUUGUUUUCAAUAUUAUCAUUAAGAGUAAUCUAUUGUUCAAAUACUCAUAUAAUAGUUCAAUUAAAAUAAGAGCUCCUUCCAAUA